AUGACGGCGGCAAUCCUGAUGGUACUGGCCAUCAGCAGCUCAGUGAUAACACCAGCGCUGUCGCAGCAGCAGCGGUUUAGAGUGCGACCGUCCGACGCGAGUGUGAUCGAGGGGGAGAGUGUCACACUGCGCUGCGAGGUCGACCACCAGGUCGGCCAGCUCCAGUGGACCAAGGAGGGCUUCGCCAUGGGGUACGAGCGUGACCUUCCCGGCUUCCCGAGGUACCGGGUCAUCGGCGACGCCGAGGCCGGGGUCAAUGACCUGCGGAUCGUCAACGUCACACUGGAUGAUGACGCGCUGUUCCAGUGCCAGGUUUCACCCAACGGAGGCCAGGAGGCCAUUCGCGCGGCGGCAUAUGUCACCGUACUGCUGAAGCCCGUAUCCAUAUCGGUGACGUCAGAGGCACGCUCACCGCGACCAGAAGUGUUCGAGAUCCGGACUGGAAACGAGAUCAAGCUGACCUGUGAUGUCAAAGAAGCCAAACCGGCGGCCACAGUGCAAUGGCAAAGGAACGGGGUCAACAUACAACCGGACCAGGAGGUGUCGUUCUCUGACCCGGAUCGGCCGGAACGGAACGACACGAGCUCCACCAUCACCCUGGAGCCCACCCACCUGGAUGACGGCGCCGGGUACUCGUGUCUGGCCAUCCACCCGGCGGUACCGGCCGGCCAGCAGGCCAGCUUCAACACGACAGUCACACUCUCCGUACUCUAUGCACCAAGUCCUCCCGAAAUCACCGGCUACGACGAGGGUGAGAUUGUCAGAAUGGACGAGGAGAAGACUCUGACCUGCAUCUCACGGAACGGUAACCCUCUCGCCGAGCUGGUGUGGUUUAAGAACGGCGAGCCCAUCACCUACCAGUACCGGACGAUCCGCAACCGGGCCAUCUCCGAGUACACGUUCAAGGCGGCGGCCUCCGACCUGGACGCCGUCUACCGGUGCGAGGCGUCGUCGUUCGUGCACCCCGAGCCGAUGGUGACUUCCGUCAGAAUGAACGUCCAGUUCGGACCCGAGUCUGUCGAAGUCGAGGGAACCGAGGAGGCCAAACGCGGCGAGGAUAUCCAGAUGUCCUGUAAGACAUCCAGCAGCAACCCUCCGGCCAACAUCACCUGGGUGCUCAACGGACGAACCGUCGUCAACACGACUCAAGCCAUUGAGCCUCACGACGAGGGCGGCUGGGUGUCCCAGUCCAACCUGACUGCCACCAUCCCCAUGAACAUGCGCGAGGACAUGGUGGUCUCCUGCUACGCACUGAACCCGUCUCUGGGCAUCAACGAGGUCGGCACCAUCAAGGUCACAGUGCUGUACCCUCCGAAGAAGCCGCGCAUUCUGGGCUACGUUCCGGGCACUUACUUGAUCUCAGGUCAGAGCGUGUCCCUCUCGUGCCUGGCUCAAGGCGGCAACCCGUCCGCCUCUCUAACCUGGUACAAGGGCUCUGACGAGAAGAACUCCAAGACGAAAGUCGAGGACGACGUGGCGAGGAGUGUGCUGUCGUUCGCCGUCGACUACCGCGAUAACGAGGCAGUGUACCGGUGCGACAGCUCCAACCCGGUGCUGGAGAGUCCCGACUCGACCAACGUUACACUGCUCGUCUACUACCCACCUCCCGGUCUGAAGCUGAAGGUCAAGCAGAAUAAACUGAAGGCCGGGAAGCGGGCGGUCAUCAUCUGUGAGUCUCGACCGUCGAACCCCGCGGCCAAUCUGACCUGGUGGCGAAACAGUGAGCUGGUGACCGAGGGUGUGUCGAAUGUCACCAGCAAACCGGCCGGCGACCACGGAGGGUUCACCAGCAAGAUCCGGCUCCGUAAGCGGCUGGAGUGGACCGACGACCAGGCGGUCUACACCUGCCGCUCUCAGGUCUCCGUGCUGCCGGGAAACAUGCACGACGCCAUCACACUGCACGUCGCCUUCGCGCCCGUCUUCACCAAGAAGUCCAUCACCGAGGACAUCCUGGUGGGCGACUCUCGGCUGCUGGACCUCACGGCUCGCGGCAGUCCGGACAACAUCACCUAUCGUUGGUUCAGGGGUGACGGCGGCCUGCCGUCCGAGGAUGCCCGCGUGGUCGGCGUCGGACCGCUGCUCAACAUUACGGCAGUUCAGAAGGCGGAUGCCGGACGGUACAGACUGGAGGCGGAGAACGACGAGGGCACCUCCAAGAUGAGGGUCACCAUUAAUGUACAGUACCCUCCGGAGGUGACGACUAUCUCCCGCGAGCUGCUGGUGGCCCCCGGCGCCACGGCCGUCCUGGAGUGUUUCGCCGACGCCAACCCCACCACCGACGACAUGAUCAAGUGGUCCAGAGACGACUUCACCUUCGGCGGCAACAAGACCAAGUCGUUCUACCGCAACGGCACCUCCUUCCUCACCGUCUACGACGCCAGGAAGGAGGACAUUGGAGAGUUCCUCUGUACGGUCGACAACGGGCUCGGAGAGGUCAACGCCACAGCUGGGCUACUUGUGGAACAUGCCCCUGAGAUCGACACCAGUCCGCAGUUUCUGAAGUCGGCCGCUGAGAAAGGUGAAACUGCUCUGAUCACGUGUCGUGCCCGCGGAGCUCCCAAUGUUACAUUCGAGUGGUCACGUGGUGGCGUGGCCAUCGACGAGUCGACGGAAGACGACAAGUACAGCAUCACGUACACCAGAGAGGGCCUGGUGACGUGGCAGUCGGUGCUGAAGGUCUCUUCUGUGGUCACCGCUGACUACGGAGCCUACGCAUGUGUGGCGCGCAACGAGCUGAACUUCCAGCGUCAGGAGAUCGAACUGGGUGGCACCACCUCUCCCGACCCGCCCAUCGAGGUCAAGGCGCUCAGCGUGACACACAACAGUGUCGAGCUCAGCUGGACUCCCGGAUUCGACGGCGGCCUCAUACAGCGGUACCGGGUGCGGUACACGGAGACGGCCGGCCCAGAGCGGUUCAGCUAUCAGGACGUACUGCCGGAGAACGCCACCGUGUUCAGCGUCGAGCUGCUGCGGCCCAACACCGAGUACAGCUUCUCCGUGCAGGCCUACAACGACCUCGGAGAGAGCGGGUACACCAAGGACGUCGUCAAAGCCAAAACCACCGACGGUCCGGAGGCCCCUGCGCCUCCCGAGGAGGAGGACCGCGCCCGCGAGCUGCUCUCCCGGCUGGCCGUGUUUGUCAUCACCGUGGCUGGCGCCAUCCUGCUCGUCAUUAACGUCAUCCUGAUGACGUGCUUUGUCCGACGACGUCAGCUCAGACGGCUGUCAAGUACGACCGCGCAAUACUGGGGCGGUGUUCUGUUAGGAAGUAACUAG